AUGCACAAUAUCUGGCCAGAGACCAACCCGUCAACAGACGCUUUGACGAUGUUAAAGGACGGAGUGCGGGUGGUAGAAUGUAGCAAGUGUAUAGGAGGAGAUGCGACGAGUAGGCAUUGGAGCUCUUCUGGGAGACGUGGUCGAGAGCUUAAGCGGUCCCUUAGUACUGGAAGCGGAUCUGUUAUUGCCAUUGAACUAUUCCGGGGCAGCGACGAGUUUGACAGUGACAAGCCGAAGACCAAGGAUAUUUCUUGCCUUCCUUUGAUUGAUCGGGUGCCGACUUCCGAGUUACAAGCGCAGCAAAAGAGUCGUCUCGAGCAUCAUUUUGUUGGGAUUCGCUAUAAUCGUCUGUCGCUGGUGCUACCCGAUUGUAGGGAGCCUGGUUGGAAUUGGCGGUUGAACGAGAGCUUCUGUACUCUGGCUGCUUUCAAAGAGAUUGCCAACCGGGUUCACGCCGGCAAACUGGAAGAAAGCCCGCAUGACAAACCUGGACGAAUCGGGUUUCCCUGA